ACGCACGCUUCUACUGGUGUCUAAGCUCAAGACCAGACCAGAGCCGACCAGUAGUGUAUCUUUCUUUCUGGAUUGAUCGAUCAGUCGACGAAGACGAAGGUAACCGAAGAUGAGGAAGCGAGAUUUAGCGAUUCUGAUGCUCUGCGCUUUCGCGAUCUUCUUCUCUCUUCAGCACGAAGGUGAUUUUUCGUUCAGAGAGGCGUGGUUUCAUCUUUCUGAGGAAUACCCAAUCAAAUUUGAGGCUGAGCGUCUCCCCCCGCCUAUUGUCGCUGAUCUUAAUGGAGAUGGAAAGAAAGAGAUUUUCGUGGCCACUCACGACGCCAAAAUUCAGGUUUUGGAGGCCCAUGAUAGGCGUGUGGAUGAAGGGUUCAGUGAAGCACGUGUUCUUGUAGAGGUGACCUUGUUGCCUGACAAGAUCCGUGUUGCAUCUGGGAGACGUGCUGUGGCCAUGGCCACAGGAGUUGUUGAUCGGUUUUAUAAGCCGGGGCAAGUACAGAAGCAGGUCCUAGUUGUUGUUACAUCAGGUUGGUCUGUAAUGUGUUUUGAUCACAACCUCAAAAAGCUAUGGGAGACAAAUCUGCAGGAGGAUUUUCCCCAUAAUGCUCACCAUAGGGAGAUAGCUAUCUCAAUAACUAAUUAUACCCUAAAGCAUGGAGAUGCAGGAUUGGUAAUUGUUGGUGGAAGGAUGGAAAUGCAACCCCAUAUGUUUGUGGAUCCCUUUGAGGAAAUUGGAAUGGCAGAAAAAAAUGCUGAGCAACAUAGAAGAAGUGCUAAUGAAAAGGAAGCUUCUGAGAAUUCUGGAACCGUGGAUAUACGCCAUUUUGCCUUUUAUGCAUUUGCUGGUAGAACUGGCACACUUCGAUGGAACAGAAAGAAUGAGAAUGUUGAGGCACAUUCUUCAGAUGCAUCGCAGUUAAUUCCACAGCACAAUUACAAGCUUGAUGCUCAUGCUUUGAACAGUCGUCAUCCUGGAGAGUUUGAAUGUAGGGAAUUUAGAGAAUCAAUACUCGGAGUCAUGCCUCAUCAAUGGGAUAGGCGGGAAGAUACUUUGUUAAAGCUGGCACAUUUCAGGCGGCACAAAAGGAAAACGUUGAAGAAAACAAGUGGGAAAACUACAAAUUACCCUUUCCAUAAGCCUGAGGAAAACCAUCCUCCGGGGAAGGACUCAACAAAAAAAAUUUCAAACCUGAUUGGAAAAGCUGCAAAAUAUGCUGGUUCUGCAAAAUCCAAAAAGCCAAUGACUUACAUCCCUACCAUAACAAAUUACACUCAGCUUUGGUGGGUUCCUAAUGUUGUUGUAGCUCACCAAAAGGAAGGGAUAGAAGCUGUUCAUCUGGCAUCUGGCCGCACUAUAUGUAAGCUUCAUCUUCAAGAAGGUGGCCUCCAUGCUGAUAUUAAUGGAGAUGGGGUCCUAGAUCAUGUUCAGGUUGUCGGGGGAAAUGGUGCCGAGCAGACAGUUGUGAGUGGAUCCAUGGAAGUGCUGCGACCCUGUUGGGCUGUUGCAACCUCUGGUGUGCCAGUACGAGAACAACUUUUCAAUGCUUCCAUAUGUCAUUAUUCCCAUUUUAACUUCUUCCAACAUGGAGAUUUCUCCAGAAGCUUUGGUCACAAUCUAGAUGUUAGUUCUUUAGAGGUUGCAACACCUAUUCUCCUCCCGAGAAGUGAUGGUCACCGCCAUCGUAAGGGAAGCCAUGGUGAUGUUAUCUUCUUAACAAAUCGAGGAGAGGUAACAUCAUAUGCUCCUGGCUUGCACGGCCACGAUGCUGUUUGGCAAUGGCAACUUGUUACUGGUGCUACUUGGUCAAACCUUCCAUCACCAUCGGGGAUGAUGGAAGCUGGUAUGGUGGUCCCCACGCUGAAGGCAUUCUCGUUGCGCGUGCAUGAUAAUCAAGAAUUGAUCCUUGCUGCGGGAGAUCAAGAAGCCGUGGUGUUAUCUCCUGGAGGAAGUAUACUGACGUCCGUUGUUCUUCCUGCCCCGCCCACACAUGCCCUGAUCUGUGACGACUUCUCAAAUGAUGGGCUGACUGACCUCAUUCUAGUGACCUCUAGUGGGGUGUAUGGCUUUGUUCAGACCAGGCACCCAGGUGCGCUCUUCUUUAGCACGUUGGUGGGCUGCCUCAUAAUUGUGAUGGGAGUAAUAUUUGUGUCCCAACAUCUCAAUUCUAUCAAGGGGAAACCUAGGGCUUCAUCAGGUUCCCAAUGAAACUGUGGUUUUGGUUUUGUGAAUUUGUUUUCUAUAUUGGAGCGGUAUAUCGGUGUAUCUCAGAUAUGAAGAUCAUCAUCAGCCUGAAGAAAUAUAGUCAUUGUCUCAAGUCUAGAGAGAUCGUUGUUGGGAAUGCUUCAAAGUUGGGGAACUACACUAGUUCAAGAGUUUUUAUAGGUAUGAUGAACUAAGGUGAGCUUUCCAAUCACAGUCUCCUGUAGCAGUUUCACUUUUGCUAUUGAAAGAGCUCGUCAAUGUAAUUGUAGAACUUUGAACUGACUUCUUGUUUCUCUCUCUCUUCUUUUUUUUUUUUUAAACAAGAUUUUGGAUUAAUUUAUAGAAAGAUCUUUUGUUUGCCCUUAAUUCUGGCUUUCUAGUUCAUGGGUUUAAAAUUGA